CGGAGCGAGUCAGUGUCAGAUGUACGUGCUCGGACGGAUCGAGCGGCAGUAACGCCGCAACCGUUGACCGAGUCGACGCUCGCGCUGCUGCAUUCGCUGCAGCCUCGACUCUCCUCCCUUCCGUUGACGUUCUGCACAGCGGUGCAUAGUAGCUGCGUGUGCAGCAUCUCAGUGUAGUUGCCCUACAAGCCAGUUCGUGUGCACACGCGGUGCUCUGGCAGCUGUCGCCCAGCAGCACACUAUCGUGCGUGAUAAUACGAGUGCGCGAGUGCGUGAAUCUGUGCGCGUCCCGAUCUCGCUCGUCGUGCAGUGUAUGCGCGCGCCUGAGCCUGAAAAAGACCCCGUCGUCGAGCUCUCGAGCAACUAGCUGCUCCAGCCGAUGAACUCGUGCUGAUAUACGAGCCGAGGAGCUGUCCUAUAUCGAUUUCAAGCGUGUGCGUAAGCCUACGCGGAUAGCUAUCUGUCAUCUGUCGGAGCCCCCGGACUCCCUCGCAGAAGCGCCAACGGCCCCUGGGCCCUGGAGCGAGCCACCGCCAACUGGGACGAUUGCCCUCCACGCCAGCUUCCUCGUUUCGUCUUGCAGCUGCGACACUCGUCUGCUGCUCGGCCGUCAACUGCAGCGUCUAUUGCUCCCUCGCGACAUAUCACGACAACGAUAACAUCGAGCUGCUCCGCAACGAGUCUAGGUCGUGCAAUUUUGAAAUGGUGCACGUGUGCUGCAUUCGGUAAUGCUGCAAAGUGCAGAGCGCCGUGUUACGCGUGUGAUGCUCCAACAGCAGCAGUCGACGCAGCAGCAGCAGCAGUCAGAAACGACCGACGAGUUUGCCGAAUUUGUAGCGAGCUGCUCAGGCUCCGGGCCAAGCUCGCCCCCGCCGCCCACCCGCAUCAUCUUGGCUCUCUGACCUUCGAGAGUACCGAUGUAAAGCAGCCAAUCGACGAGAGGCAGCCCCAGUGCUUUUGUGCAAGCAAAAAGCUACCCGCACAAAGAAGCCGUGGAAGGCCCGAGGAGGUUCAGCUGCGGUAUCGAGGGCCUCGAGGCUACAACAACAGCGCGCCCGUGGCGAAAGAAGCGACGCAAAGCUACAUUCCAGAGCAAUUGGACGAGCCUAUAAACCGGCCGCAAGAUGUUUGCCCUGAUAAUGCGUCGCAACUGGGUCCUCCGCGUGUCCAUCAUCAUCAACGUCUGCGUGCUGCUGUACGUGUGUCUGCACUUCGGCGCGGUGCCCGCCUCCUGGAUCGAGGAGAACUCCGGCUCGUGGGCCAGUCCCGCGGCCGUCGCCGGCCAGGCCGAGAUGCUCUACGGCACGGCGCCCAAGCCCAACUCGACCGUCGCGGCACCGGCUUCCUCCUCCUCCUCGGCCGCCGCCGCCGCCCUCAAGAGGCUCGACCUGCAGCAGGACAAGAAGACCGAGAGCGCCGCCGUGGCCAGCGCCAGCGGUGCCGUCGAGUUCAAGGCCAACGAGUCCAAGACGUCCUCGCAGGAGGACAAGCAGUCCUCGUCGCUCGGCAAUUCGAUCCUGCUCGAGAGCAAGCCAAACAAUAUUACGACCAGCAACCAAACGCUAAAAAAAGAAUUGACGCUGGAAGAAGCCAUAGGAUGCAACGACAAAUCCGCGGAACCAAAAACAGCUCAGAGAGGCGAUUACUGGGUGCUUUAUAAUUAUGUGCCUAUGAGUGCGAAGCUGCACUGCUGGGAAAGCGUGACGUACACCACCCACGCGGACUUCACUUUCCUGGACAAUCUGGACCCGCUGCUGGAGCGCUGGCGGGCGCCCGUCUCCAUAGCGCUACACGCUCCUGGCGCGGAUCUCGCGCCCACGAUCGAGUCCAUCAAGUACGCGCGCACCUGCGGCAGUCCGCUGGUCAAGCAGUUCGUCACCUUCCACAUCUACUUCAGCAGCAAACACGUCCCCAAGUUGAUUCCAUCGGGCGAAAAGGUGGCCGCGGACAAAGCCAAUUGCAGCAAGCCGGCGCCCUGGCUCAACGUCAAUCCGGCGCGCAUGUACAAGUCCGAGCGCAAACUGCUCUACCCGGUGAACGUCGGCAGGAACGUGGCGCGCGACGCGGCCCUCACCCGCUACAUCCUGGCCAGCGACAUCGAGCUCUAUCCGAGUCCCGGCCUGCCCGAGGCCUUCCUCGAGAUGCUGCGCAGAAACGACCAGCCGGCGCUCAACCGGCCCAAUCCCAAGGUCUUUGUGCUCUCGAUAUUCGAGGUCGACGAGAAGAGCCUGCCGCCGGAGAAUAAAACUGCACUGAUCCAAAUGCUGAAAGCCGGCUCGGCCAUUCCGUUCCACAAGAAGCUCUGCUCGGGCUGCCACAACGUGCCGCGCAGCAAGGAGUGGCAGGAGGCGCCCGAGACCAAGGGACUGCACGUGUUUCACAUUGGCAAGCGCACCGGCAGCUUCGUGCAUUGGGAGCCGAUCUACAUCGGCACCAACGACGACCCCUUCUACGACGAGCGGCUCAGCUGGGAGGGCAAGAGCGACAAAAUGACCCAGGGUUACGCGCUGUGCGUGCUGGAUUACGACUUCAUGAUCGUCGACAACGGCUUCCUCGUGCACCGGCCCGGCAUCAAAGUCUUCAAGAAGGACAACUAUCGUGACACGCUCACAGCCAAGACCAACAUCCUCAUCAAGAAGAUCAUCGUGCCGGAGCUCAAAGUUCUCUACGGUACGCGCAAGGGAUGCGCCGUCUAGCGCAUGUACUCCGGCGCUCGAGGCAGCCCGAUGAUGCAGCUCCGAGUGCCGAGCAACAGCAACAAUCAGCAGCAGCAGAGACGCAUCGAGCGACUCGUCUAUGCCCGAGCGCUCAAUCUCGUCGCGAAGAACAAUCCGAGCUGACGACGACGACGAUGAUUGCUCUUCCUUGUCGCCGGUUCGACUGCGUUAUAGCAGUGAGCCCUACGCUUACAUACCUAGCCGAUUAUAUUAUACUGAUUCUGAGAAUCUUGUUCGUUAGUUCUUGAUUAUAUUAUCCCUCGAUUGUGCAGCUCCAGAGCCCGAAGAAUGUCGUUUCAAACGAUUUCGGAGCCACCCUGCGCAAUUCGUCUCCCCCCCCCCUUUGUGCCACACAAAUGCGCUUUCGAGCAUAAUACGGUUUUUGCGAGAUUAGCAAGUGAUGAUCAUUUGCAUUUCGUUCGAACCAUACUACUAAAUACUACGACAUUGUUAAGUUUUGACUAUACAAAGUAUCAGUAUACAUAUUAUAAUGACUGAAUCGACUUUCAAGUUUUUCUUUUAUUUUAUUGUAAAUAGUUUAAGUGUAGAAAAUUGUAUUUUCGAUGAUUUGUGGUAACUUCAAUCACUUAAUUUAGGCUUAGAAAAAAAUAAUGGUAAAACUAGAUAUUAUGAUAGAUAUUACUAAAAAUGCUACGUGAUAAAAUUCAAUGAUCCAUGGAGAUGGAGAAACGAUUAAUAUUUUUCUAUGAAAUCCAUUGGAUUUAUUGAUAAGGUGUUGAACGGACCUAUACAAAUAAUGCCAAAAGGCGAAAGUUGAGCUGUUGAUCUUUUAAUAUUCGAAUUUAAACUAUUUAGUUGAUUAUCACUCAAAACUAUAACAUGUGCUCAUUUUUCACGACCAAUGUACAUAUUCCUGAUGCUGAAGAAAGCCUAUAACGAGAGAAGGCUCUUUUUAUCAUCUUUUUCCAACCGGUAUUUGUUUAUGAAUUAUUGUUUUUAAUAUUAUUUCAUUACUUUGCGAGCUUCUUGGAAUCGAUUAUCAAAUAUUCAAGCGCUUUAAAAAAAGAUUCAUUUUCAAAGAUUACUUCUAAAUUUUAUCCAAAAGCUCAUAAAUUGAAAAAUUUCAAAUUAUACAAAAGUUAAAAUUAUAAUUAGCUUUAAUGUGUAAAGUAAAAGUAAUGAUAGAUUCACAUAUCACUUUGAAACCUGCAUAUUUUUAUACCAGUGCGUGUAACCAUUUAAAUUUAAAUGGUACUUGCGAACUACGCAAUAAUGUAAAUAAGAUAUCAGAUACUAUCGGUAAGCUUUUUAAUAAUUGUUUUCCAGUCAUAUUUGUAUUGCUUUACUCUAUGUUCAACGCAAUUUGAAACUUUAGAUUCACGAUUUAUUCUUGAAUAUGAAUUGAACCAGGAGUUCCUAGUGCAUUUUUUUGUUUAUAGGCAAAUAAAUAAUGGUUUACUUUUGAUAGAAUUUUUGUAAAAACCAAAAGUUGAAAAUUAACAUCUCUUCAUAAAACAUCAUAAUCACUUAAACGAAUCAUAAGUAAAAACGUCUAGCGUGAACAUACUUCGUGCCUUAAGUACAGAAUAAUUUAUUUCAUUGCUUAAUAUGAUUUUAUCACAAUUUUUAAACAUGAUUUUUAAAUAAUAUCAAUGAUAAUUUAUUCACUUGACUAUUUUAAGAGGAUAAAAAAGUCGGUUUAUAAAUGAAGGUUCUAUAUUAGGUAUGAAAUUUUUCAUUUCUACUCUGACUUUAGCGUCCCAGUAAAUUAAAAUAAAGAAAUUUUUUAUUAUAUAGACAUUUUAAUUACAAUUUUUAGUGAGAUAACGCGAUUAAAUUAUGUUAUUAUUGAUCAAACCCAUAUUCCUUGUGGAAAAUCACCAUUUUUUACAUUUUUACUUUAAACUUAAAUUUUUGUUCAAAAAUAUUUAUUCCAAUUUU